CCUUCUAACAAUGAUGCAUUGGAAUUGAAAGAAACCUGUGAAAAGGACGGUUUCUGUGUUACUUUCAAAAAGGACGAAAUAAGAGCAGAAGCUGGACUCUGUGCUGUGAUACCAUGUGCUUUCACAGUUCCCUUUGCACCCGAACGUAUUAUUUGGUUAAUAUGUGAUACUGACAAUUGUUACUAUCCUGAGCAUAUAUUUCACUCUGUCAAGAUCAAGGAAAACAUUAAGGCUGGGUUCAAAGGUCGAGUGUCACUGAUGGAACCAGAUGUGGCUCAGAAGAACUGCAGCAUCAUAAUCAAUGAUCUCAAAGAAUCUGAUUCUGGAAGCUAUCGGGUCCGAGUUGAGGGAGAAGAAACAAAAGAUGUAUUUACAUAUAAGGAAAAAACAACACUGUCAGUAACAGGUCUGAACCAAAAGCCCUCUGUGAUGGUUCCACUGACUGAGGGACAGCAGGCCACUCUGACCUGCACUGCUCCUGGUCUCUGCUCUGGGUCUCCUCUUAACAUCACCUGGAUGUGGAUAGGAAAAGGAGAGGAAGACUCUCACAUCAAAGGAAACAUUACUGCUUUAAAAACUGAGAAUCUGACUGGUGUCAAAAAGAGAUACAGUUCAACUCUGACCUUUAACCCUUCAGCUGAUCACAACAACACCAAUGUAAUCUGUAAGGUCAGCUUCCCUGGUAACAUAACCAGAGAAGUGUCAGUUUCUCUGAACAUAAGUUCUUAUCAGAGACGUGUUACUGUCUCGGUAAUUUUUCCCUGGGUCAUUGGUGGUGUUUCACUCAUUGCACAUGUUUUCUGUUUCACCUACAUUUAUCACCUUUGCAAAACAAGAACAAAACCAAAACUCACUGAAGAUCAAACGUAUAGGUAUCUGCAAAAACAUAAUACAUCAGAAGAGUCUGAUGUUAUUGUCCAACGACCACGCUAUGUCUCCAGAGGUCGCUAUUACUUGGAUACAUAAAGAAAACCAU